AUGAGAGAGUACGAUCGCGCCAUGGCAGCGUACGAAGCCGCCCUUCGACACAACUAUCACUCUGUGAGUGCACUCAAUCUGAUUGCAGAGCUUUAUCGCUCAAGGGAGAAUUUCCAAAAGGCCGCAGAGUAUUUUCAACGGAUUCUCGCCAUCGACAACGCGAGCGGCGAGGUCUGGGGCUCCCUUGGACAUUGCUAUCUGAUGAUGGACGAGCUUCAAAAGGCAUACAACGCGUAUCAGAAUGCGCUUCACCAUCUUCCUAAUCCAAAGGAUUCAAAAUUGUGGUACGGUAUUGGCAUCCUGUACGACCGAUACGGAUCUGUUGAACAUGCCGAGGAGGCCUUCUCUGCUGUCAUGAGAAUGGAUCCCAAGUACGAAAAGGCCAACGAGAUCUACUUCCGGCUCGGAAUCAUCUACAAGGGCCAGCAGAAAUAUGCCCAGAGUCUCGAGUGCUUCCGUUACAUCUUGCAUACCCCACCGCGCCCGUUGACAGAGGCCGACAUUUGGUUCCAGAUUGGUCACGUCCAUGAGCAGCAGAAGGAGUACACAAACGCCAAGGAGGCAUAUGAGCGCGUCUUGACUGACAACCCCAACCACGCCAAAGUCUUACAGCAGCUUGGAUGGCUCUAUCACCAGCAACAAGCGGCGUUUAUGAACCAGGAUCUCGCCAUCAAAUUCUUGACCCGCUCCAUCGAAAGCGAUAAUACCGACGCUCAGUCAUGGUACCUCAUGGGUCGCUGCUACAUGGCCCAGCAAAAGUACAACAAGGCGUAUGAGGCAUACCAGCAGGCUGUUUAUCGCGACAGUCGAAAUCCAACCUUCUGGUGCUCGAUUGGUCUGCUCUAUUUCCAGAUCAACCAAUACCGGGAUGCUCUCGAUGCUUACAGCAAGGCAAUUCGUAUCAACCCCAACAUCAGCGAGGUCUGGUAUGACCUUGGUACACUAUACGAGUCCUGCAACAACCAAGUGAGCGACGCUAUCGAUGCUUAUCAGCGAGCCUCUGAUCUGGACCCCGACAAUCAACAUAUUAAACAGCGUCUCGCCUAUCUGCGUCAAAACAACGGUACACCAGGAGGUGUCCCCCCUCUUCCCGAGGAAAUGAACCCGAACGCGUAUCCGCCUGCAGGAGGCGCUGGUGGUCAACACUCUUUUGGCCAGGUAAGCUUGUCGCCCUCGAUCUGA